CGACUUUUCUCUUUUAAUAUGCUGUGGUGGUUAUUUACAAAUUUGUUAAUUAACAAAUUCUGCCUUUCCAUUGUUUUUCAGGUGUCAGAGUGGGUCAACAGGAAGGAAGUUGACGACGGGGUGGUGAUUGGCUUCGGCCGAAAUGAAACGAUGCAGCGAGCUGCCUGUUUUGCCUUGACAAAGGAGGAGGAAGCUUGGUUGCAGGCAUAUUACUCACACGUCCGGCCAAGAGUGAUCAGGAGUGACCUGAACUGUGACAGGUUCUUCCUUUCGUCAGCUGGCACUGCUUUGCUCACAGUUUCGAAUGACCUCGGUGUGCUCCACAAAGCUUAUGAAAAAAGCUGGAGUGUGGGCACACUCGAAAACUUUUUAAGAGCCACCAGUCGUCAGGCGAGAGGUGCUUUAGAGACAGCGGCGGCUAACCUGACGGACAUGGAGAAGGAGGACGUGUCCUCUUACCUGGCCUACAACACUGCUGUGGCCAAACUGCACAGAGUACCUACGCCACAGACUGUAGUGGCCACGGCUACACUGCUGGACUCCUUGGCAGGCUCUGAGACCGACCGGUUUUCCGGUCCAUCAGGCACAAAGUCUUUGGACUUUGCAGACUUUUUAAUGAAGUUUCCGGAAUCGGCAGACAGCAAAGCACCCACCAAACUGGACAGGUUAAAGGCAGGGUUUCCGGGCGAUCGUGUUUUCUACGACAAGUGGCGUGCUGCCCAAAAGGCCAAAAGAAUGGAACGGCUGCUGAAGGCCUUUACCCGAAAACCCCAAGAAAGCAGGGUGAAAUACGGGAUUCUGAAGGAAGGGUGGAAGAACAACUGUCCAAAGCCAGCGGACGUUUUGGCGGCCUGGAAACCAGCCACCAAACUUGUCAUCGAGACUGACGAGGACCUCCGCCGGAACGUGUCUCAGCAGACGUGGAAAGGCCUGGCCAUUAAAGAUUUUGGUGGAGAGAAAGGGCUAGGAGUUGUUGCAACCCAACCCUUUUCCAAGGGUGACAUCGUGUGUGAUUACCAUGGGAAGGUAAUCACAUACGCCCAGGGAAAAGUCAUGAUGCAGAAUCUACAGGAUGAAGCAGGGUACCUGUUUUUCUUCAGGACCGGCCAGAGGCAUCUCUGCAUCGACGCCCAGACUUUUCCCUAUGAAUGCCACCCCUGUGCAGACACUGUGGGCGGAAGACUCAACCAUUCAUCCAAGCAAGCCAACCUGUGUCCAGAACCUUUCGUUUUGAAGGUGAAUGGACAGGACGUGGAUGUCGUCCUCUUCAGGGCCCUGCGGGACAUCAGUGUGGACACUGAACUGAAGUUUGACUAUGGGGUGAAAAGGAAGUCCUUCCGAGGAGAGGGCCAGGAUCUGCAAUGGCUAGAUGAGUGAUGUGGCUCAUCUGAUGAUGUGCUAUGCUAGUCAAACGGGGUUCAGAUCCCUAUGUUGUAAAUUAUAUCAAUAUUUGAAAAGCCUAAUUCUGUGUAGACUAUUACUAAGAAUUUUUUUUUUUUCCAUCCACUUUUGCAAAAUAAAAAUGUGAGUAGAGUAUGUGUUUUGUCUUCACUUGUGCUCGUUCAGGGUGGCUAUUAAGCAGACACAAUCUUUUUGACACAAUCUUUGGUAGUUUAAUUCAAAUUUAAACUUGAAAACCUGGGGGAAAGCCUGGAUCUUCUGUGCCAACAGCAGCAGCACAGGGCCAUUAAGGAAGACAAAAGAAUGGGGGUUGAGGGUGGGUGGGUAGGUGACAGAAGGACCUGUGUGAAACAAGACACAGACAGAAUUUGUGUAGGUGAGGAGAGUAAACAACAAAUUCUUCAUCCUAUUUCAACCAGAGCAUUUAUUCUCUGACAUCUUACCUUGUGCACACAGAGCAUAGACCAGUGAAUUCGGCCAGCUACGCGAUAUUAAUAUGUUGUGAAUAUUUGAAUAGCCUAAUUCUGUGUAGACUAUUACUAAAAAAAAUAUUAUUAUUAUUAUUAUUAUUAUUAUUAUUAUUAUUAUUAUUUUAAAUCCACUUUUGCCAAAUAAGACUGUGGUGUAAUCAUUGAGGUUUCACUCAGUUGUUAUGUGACUGCCAGGGUGAUUUCACAUCUUUAAGCUGAAGUUGAGUUUUUGAUAUACGUGUAUAAGUAAUACCCUAUCAUCCAUCCAUCCAUCUUCUACCGCUUACUCCUUCUUCAGGGUCGCGGGGGAACCUGGAGCCAAUCCCAGGGGCAUCGGGCACAAGGCGGGGUACACCCUGGACAGGGUGCCAGUCCAUCGCAGGGCACAAUCACAUACACACACACACAAAUACCCUAUCAUAUAUUUUUAAAAUACCCUUUUUAAUUUAGAUUAAUUUCAUUUUGUUCAAUUAUAUUUUUUCCCCCUCAAGUAUUUUGGUGAUGAAGAGGACGAGGAAGACAGAUGAUUAGAAAAAAUUUUGGACUUAGGGGGGAAAAAAAGAAAGAAAAAUAUCUUUUCAGUCAUUUAAAAAAUUCUGGUCUCCUUCUGUCAAGCUAAGUGAUAGUAAUAUAAAUUACUCACUUACUGCAUCAUCAAGAAGUUGUUAUCUAACUAAAGUUAACUUCUUUUGCAUGAGUAGGUACACAAUGACAGCUAAUUUGUUAAUGGUAUGACUAACAAUAAAAUGUGUAAACACAAUUAAAGCUGGCUUUAUGUCUAACAAGCUAUAACAAGUUAUAAAUAACAUGCUAACAAGCGAACAUGCUAACAAGCUAACAUGCUAAAAAGCUAUAAAUAUCAUGGCAAAACAAUUUUUUUUAAAAACUGGGUCUUUUUUUUCUUUUUUUUUUUUUUAAAGUGUCUAAAAUGUUUGGUUUUGUUUUUUUUAACCCAUGCUCUUUCACACGAAGUUGUUGCAGCACCCUGACCUUUUGUGUGUGUGUGUGUGUGUGUGAAAUAUUUGGCCACCAUAGGUAUUUCAUUUGUGAAAAUUGUGCCCACAGGUAAGCAAACCCCUCUCUCACACAGUGAUUAUUGUGAUGGAUAAUUUCAGUAAUUACUGUGAUGUUUGAUUUCUCUGAAAUCAAAUAUCAAUUUACAUUUAUUUUAUGUUCUCAGUAACUGAAUAUGGCAGAGGACAGUGGACGGGGGUACAGUUCUGACCAUUCAAGCGUAAGCAUGCUUAAAGGAAUUCCAUCUAUUUUUUUUACAUAAUUAUUUUUAUAUCAUGCAUAAAUACUUUGUAUGUCAAUAUAAGUUUAAUUUUGCUGCUUUUCCCCAGGCAUCCACUUACAUUCUGUCUCGAACAGUAAGCAGUAUAGACUUUAUUUUGUUAAAUGUCAUUUUCAUUGAAUGUCAUACAUUAAUAU